AUGGAGUCUCGACACAGCGACACUUUUGGGCCAGUCAGCUUGGAUGGAAGGAUGUAUGUGUCCACUGACCAGGUUCAACAGAAUCGAAUUUCUCAGAAUCUCGAGGGAAGUUCCCGCAACGAGGAAUAUUUCGAUCCGGCGAAACACCGAGACUGGGGCUAUCGGAAGCUUCCGCGGAAUCGGAACCAAGCUCGCUCCCAGAGUCCGCCCCGGACGGACGGUGUCAUGGAUGCUGAGACAGGCGCUGAUGGCAUGAUUCCGAUGCAAGAGGAGCGCUCAAGGGCGUUUAGCCAGUGCGAUGCGGGGACACAGACCGUCCCGGGCGGUGAGGAAAAGACCUUCUGGGUAAAUCGAAGACUUGAUCUUGCUUUGAUACCAUGCAUGUGGUUCGUGUUCGGUACCACCUUUGAUGGCUUCCACGAGGGCUCCUCGCACACUAUAAUCCGGGGAUGUGUCACAAACGCCGCGGCUUUAGUCGUUCAGGUUGUGAACUACAAGGCCUUGUUCAGUAUUCGCCUUGGACGCUACCUUGGCAUAGCUGUCCUGGUCCAAGGCAAGUUCUAUAGUAUCGCCGGACUCGUGUCGAGCGUGGUUCUUCUCAUGGACCCAGGGGCAAAUGAUUUCGGCGGUGACAUUGUUCUCCAACUAUUGCUUGCAGCAUCCCGCGCUGUAAUUGGACCCUGCUUCGUUUUGCUCACUGCCGCAUGGUAUGCCAACACAAAUGGCGGCAGCAUCGCGCGACUGCUGCUCUGGGCAUCCGGUUACCCAGUUCUGUUCGAAACAGUUCAUUAUAGCACCAGCUUUGCGGACUCAUCCUCCAGGGUAUAUUACGCUAUGUACUGCGGCUUUGCAACGGUCUGCAUCCUGUUGUCCGUCUACGUCUUCGCCUGUGUUGAUAUGCCAGGCGCGACCAUGUGGCUGGACAUUGCCCGCCGAAAGGGUCGACUUCAAGGCCAUGAGAGGUGUCAACAGCUUCGCAGCUCACCACAGUUAGCAAAACUAGUUGCAGAGCCCACGGCUUGGUUUGCUUUUGGGGCCAGCUUCUUCUGUGCAGCCAGCGGCCCUAUAGAUGGCGAAGUGUUGCAAAUGUUCUACAAAUUGUCUUUAUCUGCACAAGCUGAGGCGGACUUUCUCGUUCUACUCCCUUUGGCGGCUUUUGGCUACCUAGUAGUAAAAUAUCCGAUUACCCGUGUUCCUAUUCUUGCCCUGACUGCUGGUCUUGCAUUUGCCGGCCACAUGCUUCUUGUGAAAUAUUUCGAAGCUGAAACUGUAGAUGAUGAUUCAAGAUUCAGACUGGACGCUGGGGCAUUGUUCCUGCGGAAUAUGAUGUUUUACUGGCAAUACCUCCUCUGGGCCAUCCUUCUGCUCAGAAGCUCGAGACCCGAUACUGCCGACUCUCAAAACCUAGUAGCUAAUAUCGUUGUCGCAUUCGCGGCAACUGCACUGUGCCGCUUGUUAGGAUACGGCGCACUCCACGGCCUGACCGACGUGGCCAACGACUGGGCUUUUCACAGUACUGUGUGGGAGGGGCCGACGAAGAUAUUCAUGUCCAUAAUGUUCGGUCUGCAGAUUUUGGUGCUGUUGGGAUGGUUUUUCUGCCUUGACUGGCAGCGACAAAGGAGAAGAGAAGGGCAGUCCACCUCAGCCCGCCCAGACAUCACAGCAGAGCUCGAGUGUUAG